AUGUCUCUGCCUGGCUUGCCGUUGGAUCUUCUCAUCCAAAUCCAAUCUUUGUUGAAACCCUUGGACAUCCUUUCCUUGCAUUCGACGAGCACGACCGUCAGGGAGCGAGCUUCAUGUCGCGCUGUGUGGCUUGACGCUCUGCGUCGAGUCAUCGACGAGAACAACGUCUUCGCGCCCAGUUUUGACCUCAGAGCAAUGUCGAUGGAAGAACUCCGCCAUGCCGCCUUACGACCGCAAGUCCUCAUGCAACGCCUCAGACGCGCUUCUCCUAUUUCUUCUCUCCUGGGGGAAGUUUCGCCUCGUUCGCGUAGUCAGACCACGCUGGGAAGCCCUUUGCCUCCCAGCCUACGAGAUUGUCGUGCAAAAGGGGUCACCCUGGUUCCGGGAGGACGUUUCCUUCUUGUCGACUCCCCCGAGAUGUUUCGUGUCUUUGACCUUGGGAGAGGAUAUAGCCAGUCCUCGCAGCUCCAGCCAUCCGUCUCGUUGAUCAAACGCGACUUGACGCACGACCCCGCGCACUGCAUAUCAAGCCUGCACAUCAUCAGAGGGGACGACAUAGUCGUGAUCUUUUCCUUAUCCCUUCGACACGACACCGUGUAUGCGACCCCAGUCGGUCCGGUAUCUCUUGUAGCGUACAAGAUACGCAACCUUUCCUCGACACCCACCGGCGAAGUGAUCUCCAGACUCACUUUCGAAGGUCCGGAGCAACUACGCGCGAUAUCUUAUAAUGCCGUAAAGAAUCAGGUAGCCUUCGUUGGCAGGGGCUCAACGGUCUUCGGCAUGUGGGAUUUCGAGCUGAACGUGGUGGCGCUUAUUCGGUCUCUGAACGAUGACAAACUAUAUGACGAUGAGGCCAUUCUAUCACGCAACAGCCUCAUCCUCCGGUCUUCGGCGGCGUUCUUUAUCUACGAGCUCCCACCUUUUUCUCCCGUCUCCUCUUCCCUCUCUCCGCUGCGCCUAGACCCCAUUUUCGUGGUAUCCGACACCCACGCCUGCGGCGAUGCGAUUUUCUUGCAGCAUCGCGCCAACGGCGCUCAGUUCAUCGACCUCCAGCACCUCGACCGACACGGGCAUUUUUGCCGGUAUCGGCUGCAUCCAGAGUCUCCUACCGAUCCCCAGAGCCUGAUCAUACCAGUCUCGGACGCGGGGGAUGCGAAGUUUUACCCCAACGAAUACGACCUCUCAAAGGACCACUGCCACAUACGCCCGAUGCGCGCUUGCGACGGAGGUCUUGUCAGGAUGGGACACAGUUCGGGCUGGGUCGAUAGUUCGAUGGAGGCACACAACCGGAGGAAAGCAGAAGCGCGCGCUGGUCCCAUUGACUACUCAGGUCUCGUCGACGAGACGUUGGGCGACGGGUCGGACGAGGACGAGGACGACGAAGAAUAUCCGGACGAUGUCGACGAAAUCCAGUCGUACAUCGAAAUGGCAGACGAUCAAGCCGGCGUGCACAUCCACGUGCAGCACCGAGACGCGCAGAGUCGCAGUGCAAGCGGACGCGUCGCAGCUGCCAACCCAACAGAUCUAGACUUAGUGGUUAAUGUACUCGACGGUCAGGACCCCGUAUGGCAAUCGUCGUUCGACCUGGGGAAUAUCGACCUCUGCCCCGUCUCCGCGCGACUAUGUGCUGUAACAGGUGGCAAGGAUGGGUAUUUGCGUUUGCAUGUACUCGAUUACCUUCCACCUAUGGCGCAGUAG